CGUUGAUCACAGGAACAAAUUCGUUCAUGUCAUGAUUUAGAGAAUUUUCUUUGGUGUACUGGCGGCCCAUGCUUUGAGCUGAUUUGAGCUAUGUUAGAUGCGUGGAUCAAUGAAGGCAGAGAGGAAUGUUGAAUGCAGAGAUAAUUGGAGAAGGUUGUAAGCGGUUAGAGCACAGCGUGGUGGAUGGCGAAGGAAUAAUUCAGUGACCGUACAAUCAGAAGCUAAUAUACACGCGAUUCAGUACUUUAUUAUGACUCCUUACUGGUGUAAAUACUACGAUUCCAGUUUGAACGUAUUACUGAGAGUUGGUAGCACAAAAUUUUUACAGAUAAACAAUUUUUGUGCUGUGCUAUGGAACUGAGCAAGACUCUGAGGCCCGCAGUUUUUCGAGCAGAAGAUGGAUGCUGUGAAACUUGAGCCUGAUCCUGAUGGCAAAUCAUACCCAACAUCUUGUCACAAUGAAAAUCAGCUGAUUGAUGUGAAAGAGGAUGAAGAUCCACUGUUAAUAAGAUACCCGUUGAUGAAGACUGAAAAUGAGCAGAAUACAAUAAUCAAGGUAGAAAAUGAUGUGGAUGUUCAGAGUGAAGAAGAUUCUAUUCACAUGAAAAUUGAAGAGAUUUAUAUACCAUCUGCAUUUUGCAUAGCGAAGCCAGAACCUGAGAACUGUGUGGAUUCACCGGACAUUGAGGCUGGUUCAUGUAAUCAGACAUGUGUUACAUCUUCUUGUGAUGGAACUGAGGCCAACGAUGUAAAAGCUAAGGACAUUUCAGAUGUACAAAAGGAGCAGGAUCCUGUACCAACAAAAAAUGCUGAGCCAGAGAAUGAACAUAAGGCAACGCGUGCUGAAGAAUGUCCAAACUCCUGCAAUGUGUGCCAUAAGACAUUCAAUCUACGAACGACACUGAAGAUACAUCAGCGCACACAUAGUGGAGAGCGUCCAUACUCUUGUGAUGUGUGUAAUAAAGCAUUCAGCGUUAAGAGUAAUCUGAAGACACAUCAACGCAUACAUAGCGGAGUGCGUCCAUAUUCCUGUGAUGUGUGUAAUAAAUCUUUCAGCGUUCAUAAUUCUCUCAAGACACAUCAGCGCAUACAUAGUGGAGUGCUCCCAUAUUCUUGUGAUGUGUGUAAUAAGUCUUUCAGUGUUCAAAGUUCCCUGAAGACACAUCAGCGAAUACAUACUGGACUGCUUCCAUAUUCAUGUAAUGUGUGUAACAAAUCAUUCAGUGUUAGUAGUAACCUCAUGGCACAUCAACGAACUCAUAGUGGAGAACGCCCAUAUUCCUGUGACAUUUGUAAUAAAUCUUUUAGUGUCAGUAGUAAUCUGAAGACCCAUCAACGCAUACAUAGUGGGGAGCGUCCAUAUUGUUGUGAUGUGUGUAGUAAGUCGUUUAGAGAACAGAGUAUUUUAAUUAAACACCAACGCAUACAUAGUGGAGUGCGUCCAUAUUCUUGUGAUGUGUGUAAUAAAUCAUUCAGUGAACAGGGUACUUUGAAGGUGCAUCAGCGCAUACAUAGUGGAGAUCGUCCAUAUUUCUGUGAUGUUUGUAGUAAAUCGUUCAGACAGAAGAGUUCAAUGAAGAAACACCUACGCAUACAUAGUAGGGAGGGUCCAUAUUCCUGUGCUGAAUGUAAGAAGUCAUUUAGUACUAUAUGUGAUCUUGGGAAACAUCAGCGCAUGCAUAUUGGGCAGCAUGCAUGCUGCUGAGGUGUGAAAUAAUGCAUACAAAAAGCAAAGUUUUUUUUACACAUGAUAUAUAUAUAUAUAUAGGAGAAUGCAUUCUUUGAUUUAAGUAUGUCCUUUGUAAGGGAAGUUUGUGAAAAUAGGAGCAUGGUGUGUUGACUGAUCACAUUCAUCUUUUUUCUCAAGAGGAAGACCUUCAGUGCCUACUCUUAACAUGCUCAACAAUGUCAUCAGCUUUGAAGGAAAUAUCACUUCGUAAGUGUAAAAUUUGUGGGCUGUUAUAUUGAACUUGUCCUCUUUUAGUCUUCUGACAUCUUUAAUUAAUCUUUGCAUAAAUAAUAAUAUAUCUUCAAAUCAUUAUUGUUUACAAUGGGGAAAACCCUGUAUUUAUGGACUUUUUUCUGUAUGUUCUCAAGAUGCACAUAUAGAUCACAAUCAUUCUUAAAGACCAGAUAUGUUAGUAUUCAGCCUUGGUAGACCCUGACAUGCUUCCACAUAAAUAUCUACAUUACAGAGGGCCAAUGAAAUACAUGGGUGGAAUGCUAGGAGUUUAACUUAACUUGUGACAUUUUAGUUCUAGUAUUAAAUAAAGGAUAAAAUCAUCCCAGAAUGCAUGCUUACUCUAUUAAGAGUGUUAUGGUAUAGCCGUCUUGGCAGAUAAUACAAAUUAUGUAUUUCUCAAUGCAGGUAAAUAUAAAAACAUGCAACAGGAGUAGCAGACAGUAAAAUGUAACUUCCCAUGCGAUAUGUGAAUCCUCUUGAUUGUUCAUUACUGAACAAAUAAUAUUUCAUGUGAAUGAGCUAUCCUUUCAGUUCAUGCUGUUGAUGCCAACAGUCACCCAAGUGGCACAGUUUUAACAUGUAUGAGGUUAAGUUCCUGACAAUACAUGACCACACAGUAUGCUGUGUUAAAUGUUGACAAAGAAACAUCAAAGAAACUUACAAUAAAUUUUAGUCACACAUUACUACUAAUUGUAGACCAGCUGUCUGUGUACAAGGUGUGUCCCAAAAGUCAUGAAAUAUAUUUCUUUCCCGCGCUCCUACUGGUCAGAGCGUGCUGGAACCGGUUGGGUUAGGAGGGGGAGGCCUUUAGCUUCACAGCGUGCCCAAGGUCAGUCUGCUCAAGCAUCGUAGGCGUCAGUAUCACUGAUUUAGUGCACCUGUGUUUUGUGACCACGUCACGGCGCGCGAUGGUGGAUACUUUUGAACAACGUUGGGCGGUCAAGUUCUGCACAAAGCUCAACAAAAAAGCUGCCGAAACUCACGAACUGCUUAAGCAAGC